AUGGCGACUCCAACUGCUGCCUUUGAGGCCCUCAUGAGUGGGGUGACGAGCUGGGAUGUCCCCGAAGAUGCCAUUCCCUGUGAACUACUUCUCAUUGGAGAGGCCGCCUUCCCGGUGAUGAUGAAUGAUGUGGGCCAGGUGCUCAUUGCUGCCUCCUCCUAUGGUCGGGGCCGUCUGGUGGUGGUGUCCCACGAAGACUACCUGGUGGAGGCCCAGCUGACACCUUUUCUCCUCAAUGUGGUGGGCUGGCUGUGUACCUCCCCAGGAUCCCCCAUUGGGAUUCACCCAUCCCUGGCACCUUUGGCUAAAAUCCUCGAGGGCUCCAAUGUGGAGUCCAAAAUAGAGCCGGAAGUCAAAGAUUCCCUGGGGGUUUAUUGUAUUGACGCUUACAAUGAGACCAUGACUGAGAAACUGGUCCAAUUUGUGAAGCGGGGAGGGGGCUUGCUCAUCGGGGGCCAAGCCUGGGACUGGGCCAGCCAGGGCGAUGAUGAGAGAGUCCUAUUCACCUUCCCCGGGAACCUUGUCACCAGUGUAGCUGGCGUGUACUUCACCGAUAACAAGGGAGACACAAGUUUCUUCAAGGUCUCUAAGAAGAUGCCCAAGACGCCUGUCUUGGUGAGCUGUGAGGACGACCUCUCCGAGGACAGGGAGGAGCUCCUGCAUGGGAUCUCGGAGCUGGACAUCACCAACUCAGACUGCUUCCCAUCCCAGCUGCUGGUGCAUGGAGCGCUGGCCUUCCCGCUGGGGCUGGACUCCUACCAUGGCUGUGUCAUCGCGGCCGCCCGCUACGGUCGGGGCCGCGUGGUGGUGACCGGCCACAAGGUGCUCUUCUCGGUCAGCAAAUUGGGCCCCUUCCUGCUCAAUGCCGUGCGCUGGCUGGACGCGGGCCGCAGGGGCAAGAUCGUGGUGCAGACGGAACUGCGGACCAUGAGCAACCUGCUGGCGGUGGGGGGCAUCGACACCUGCGUGGAGCCCCAGCUGACCAGCGAUGCCAGCGUCUACUGCUUCGAGCCCGUGAGCGAUGUGGGCGUCAAGGAGCUGCAGGAGUUCGUGGCCGAGGGCGGGGGUCUCUUCGUGGGGGCCCAGGCCUGGUGGUGGGCCUUCAAGAACCCGGGCGUGUCCCCUCUAGCCCGUUUCCCGGGAAACCUCCUCCUCAACCCCUUUGGCAUCAGCAUCACCAGCCAGAGCCUGAACCCCGGACCCUUCCGCACCCCGAAAGCGGGCAUCAGGACCUACCACUUCCGUUCCACCCUGGCCGAGUUCCAGGUCAUCAUGGGCCGGAAACGCGGCAAUGUGGAGAAGGGCUGGCUGGCCAAACUGGGCCCCGAUGGCGCAGCCUUCCUGCAGAUCCCUGCUGAGGAGAUCCCCGCGUACACGUCGGUACACCGGCUCCUGAGGAAGCUGCUCAGCCGGUACCGCCUGCCCGUGGCCACCCGAGAGAACCCCGUCAUCAACGACUGCUGCCGGGGUGCCAUGCUCUCCCUGGCCACCGGCUUGGCCCACUCGGGGAGCGACCUCUCCCUGUUGGUUCCAGAAAUCGAAGACGUCUACAGCAGUCCUUACCUACGCCCCUCCGAGUCCCCCAUCACCGUGGAGGUCAACUGCACCAACCCAGGCACCAGGUACUGCUGGAUGAGCACCGGUCUCUACAUCCCGGCCAGGCAAAUCAUAGAGGUCUCCCUGCCGGAGUCCGCGGCCUCCGCAGACCUCAAGAUCCAGAUCGGCUGCCACACAGACGACCUGACCAGGGCCAGCAAGCUCUUCCGUGCACCCCUCAUCAUCAACCGCUGCUGCCUGGACAAGCCAACCAAGUCCAUCACGUGCCUCUGGGGAGGUCUGCUCUACGUCAUUGUGCCUCAGAGCUGCAAGCUGGGCCCUGUUCCGAUCACCAUCAAGGGAGCUGUGCACGCUCCCUACUACAAGCUGGGGGAGACAUCCCUGGAGGAGUGGAAGAGGUGCAUCCAGGAGAACCCAGGACCCUGGGGGGAGCUGGCCACUGACAACAUUAUCCUGACCUUGCCGACCGUUAACCUGCGCACCCUGGAGAACCCCGAGCCCCUUCUGCGCCUCUGGGAUGAGGUGAUGGCUGCGGUGGCCAGACUGGGCGCUGAGCCCUUCCCCCUACGCCUACCCCAGAGGAUCGUCGCUGAUGUGCAGAUCUCCGUGGGCUGGAUGCACGCAGGGUACCCCAUCAUGUGCCACCUGGAGUCGGUGCAGGAACUCAUCAGUGAGAAGCUCAUCCGGACCAAGGGGCUGUGGGGCCCGGUGCACGAGCUGGGCCGCAACCAGCAGCGGCAGGAGUGGGAGUUCCCGCCACACACCACCGAGGCCACCUGCAACCUGUGGUGUGUGUACGUCCACGAGACGGUCCUGGGCAUCCCGCGGGGCCGCGCCAACAUCGCCUUGUGGCCCCCCGUCCGGGAGAAGAGGGUCAGAAUCUACCUGAGCAAGGGCCCCAAUAUAAAGAAUUGGAAUGCCUGGACGGCCCUGGAAACAUACCUCCAGCUACAAGAGGCCUUUGGUUGGGAGCCAUUCAUCCGCCUCUUCACUGAGUACAGGAACCAGACCAACCUGCCCACAGACAACGUCGACAAGAUGAACCUGUGGGUCAAGAUGUUCUCCCACCAAGUGCAGAAGAAUCUGGUGCCUUUCUUUGAGGCCUGGGCCUGGCCCAUUCAGAAGGAAGUGGCAACCAGUCUGGCCUACCUGCCCGAGUGGAAGGAAAAUAUUAUGAAAUUGUACCUCCUCACCCAGAUGCCCCAUUGAAAUUGAAGAAAUUCAAAAGCGAAUGGAUACAUCUCCGCAAAGAAAACAGAAGGGAUUUGGAUAGACGUGAAGAAGAUCUCAACCCAUUUCUCGAAGAGAGGAAGUGGAUG